UUGAACUUCAUCAUCUCUUCCUCUUCAGAUUCCUUUCUUUAUCUCUCUGCCAUAAUCAACCAUUUCUGACACUGUUUUACUGUCUUUACCAUCAACUUUGAUCUUUGGUUUGCUGUGUUUUACUUCACAUACAACUUAUGGGAUUUAUGAAAUUGGUCUUGAAAUUAGAGUUGAUUGAUGACAAGGACAAAAAGAAGGCCAUGAAAGCUGUUUCCACCCUCCCAGGGAUUGAUUCAAUUGCCAUUGAGCUGAAGGAGAAGAAACUAACUAUAAUUGGGGAUGUUGAUCCAAUAGUGGUGGUGGGAAAGCUGAGGAAAUCAUGGCACACAGAGAUACUAACAGUGGGGCCUGCAAAGGAGCCAGAGAAGAAAAAAGUUGAAGAAGAAAAGAAGGGUAACCAAUCAGCUGAUCAUCAACAACAACAACAACAACAAAUUGCUGAGUUGAUGAAGCUUUACAGAAGUUACAAUCCACACAUACCAACACAGUACUAUCAUGUUUAUAGUGCAGAAGAAGACCCAAAUGGUUGUGUUAUAUCUUAAUUAGUAAGGGUAGAUGUGAAAAACUUGUAAAAUGUUCGAGUUGAUGAUCAUGGGAUGGGAGUUCCAUUUCAUCCCCUCUAUUAUAUACUUCCUUUUGAGGAUUGGAACAGUAAAUUUUGUCUUUAAAAUGUUACUCUGCAUAUAUAUAUAUAUAUAUAUAUAUAUAUAUAGGUUUGUGAACAGAAUUUAUAGUUUGCAGUGACUUUGAUCUUCAUUCUCUGGUUCA